GCUCCUGCCCCGGCCAUGGGGAGGCGCCGCCGGGCCCGGGAGCCGCCCGCCCGCCUGGUGCUGCUGGCGCUGGCGCUGGCCUCCGGCUCGGCGCUGCUGCUGGCCUCGCUCAGCCUCCUGCUGGCCGCCUGGCCCCGAUCCAGCGCCCGCGCCGCCCAGCAAGAAGCGCCGCCCGCCGCCGCGAUGCCACAGGAGCUGCUGUCCGAGGAUGACGCCGAAGAGCUGGACCCGGUGGUGCUGUCUACCGGCUGGAGCAGCCAAGGCAAGUUCCUGCACCAUUUUGCCCAGCAGGGGGCGCUGCGGCAGAGGAGACAGGCUGCCAAAGGCAAGCGCUCCCGGCCUCGGAGACCCAGCACUGUCUCAGCUGCGCACUACGAAGUGCAGCCCACCGAAGGACGAGCUGGGAUCCAGGCAGAUGCCGACGGGACCAUCCGCGGGUGGGUGGAAGCUAAACUCAACACGACGAGCCCCCUCCGUUACGACAGCAGCCGGGGCGAGUUCACGGUGGCCAAGAGGGGCCUGUAUUACCUGUACUGCCAGGUCCAUUUCAACGAAGGGAAGACGAUCUACAUGAAGCUGGACAUCAUGUUAGAUGGAGAGCUGGCCCUGCGCUGCCUGGAGCAGUUCCCCCCCACCAGCUCUGGGCCCCAGGACCCCGAACUUCGCGUCUGCCAGGUCUCUGGCCUGGUCCUGCUCCGGCCCGACGAGUCCAUCCGGGUCCGCACCAUUGCCAACGUCCGCCUCAAGGCCGACCGUUACCUCACCUACUUCGGUCUCUUCCAAGUCCACUGAGAGGAAGGGCGCCGGGGAUCCGCCGAGAGGGAGGAGAUGGCGUGCC